CAUGCAUUGUGUGCAAUGCACGGGCUCGUUGGGUUGUGGAAGCUGCGAAGCCACUCCUCCGCCUACGUGCAUUUACCUACAUGUACCAUGAAUAUUUUGUGGGCUGCAUACUCAAUGUGUGAGACAGCUUCACAGCUCUAGCCCUGUCAGGGUAAUAGUCGUCGUUGAACUGGUCCUUGAUAUGUAACUUUGUCGUGAGCGCUGCAACUUCAUUGGCACGCUUAAACUUUUUCCCCGUUCUGACUAUUCUUGGAGAACCAUAAAUCGGAGCAAAUCUAAACCGACAAAAAAGGUGGGAAAGAUGGGCAACCAAGAGAGUGCUUCUGCCGGUAUUCACGUUGAAGGUUCGGUGUCAGCAUCGGGGGCCGUCGACGCUGGGGCAACCGCGGAGGGCAAAGGCAACGGUCCGCCAUCCCCGAAAAAAAGGCGUCUGAGUUUCAAGUCGCUCCGGAAUGGAUCAUUCCGCCGGUCGUUCAGGAUUCGCCGGAGUGGACGAAGAAAAGCGGUCAAAGGCAAGGGCGAGGAGAGAAUCGAAAUGGAAGGGGAUGUUUCAGACGAGCAAGGGGCAGCGGCUCGGGCUGCUGCCAAACUGAAGGCAUCAGGCAAAGGGAAACCGGUGGUUGACUUAAACAUAGCUGCACCGCUUGCGACAGAUGAAACAGAGAACAUGGACUUGGAUGCUGAUAUUGACGCUGGUGGAACUUUAGAUGUAUCUGGUGAAGCCUCGGGAGAUUUUGGUGGAAGUGCUGGCCUAAAGGCCAACAUUCCGUCUGGAGCAUCUGCAGGUGUUGGCGUAAGUGGGGAUAUGCCCUCUGCAGGUGCAAGUCUUGAUGUGUCUGCACCAGAUGUGAAACUGAGCGUGAAUGGAAAUAAACACAAAAAGCGAUCAUCUUUCCCUAAGUUCAGAAAAAGAACUCCUGUUGAGGCGGAGUUGGAUGUUGAACUUCCCAAGGGUGAAGCAGAGACUGGUGGAGGCAUAGAUGUAGCAGCUGGCAUCAAUGGACACAAAGGACAGAAACACAGGAGGAAGAAAAAUCAAGAAGCAGGAGUUAAAGUGAAAACACCAUCACUUUCUGCAGGAGGAGGAGCAGACAUGGAUAUCGACAUACCUGCAGUAGAAACACCUCAGGCUGGUUCUUCAGGUGGUGCUGAUGUUGAUGUAAAUGCUUCACUCCCUUCAGCUAAUGUAAAUGUCAAAGCUGAUAUGCCAGAAGCAAAAGUACAUUCUCCAAAGAAAGGUGGUUUCUUCGCCGGGAUAGCCAAGUUCUUCACUGGAGAUUCAUCUGAUUCAGAUUCUGAUGAUGAGACCAAAAAACUCAAACAAGAGAUAAAUCUUCCUAAAGGAAAUUUAUCUGUUGAAUCUCCAGGAGCUGAUGUAAGAGGUGAUGUGGAUGCCAACCUAGACACAUCAGCAAAUAUCAGCGGGUUUCCAGAGGGAGGCGCAAAUUUCAACAUUGGUGCAAGUGGCAAAGGUUCUCCAUCUAAAGGAAAGAAGGGAGGAAGGUUCAAGUUGCCCAAGCUUGGAAAGCCAAAAAUAAAUGGCAGCACUGAUGCAGGAGUAGAAGUUGCAAAUGCUGAUCUGGGAGGAGUUGUUGGAUUUGAUGUUGAAGCUCCAGAUGUUGUGGUGAAAGCUGAUGUUGACACUAAUGUUAAAACAAAAAAGCCAGAUUUUAAAUUUGGUGGCGGUGUGUAUGGGGAUGGUGAACUUGGCACCAAAGGAGAUCUUGCAGGACCAGAUGUUUCCAGUCCAAAAAAUGGUGUCAAUGCAGAUAUUGAUGGAGGAGUGAAUGUUCCAUAUGCAUCACCUGGUGUAAGGGGAGAUAUUAAAGCUCCCAGCAUUGGUGGAAGCAUCGGAAGUGGUUUUGGCAGAAGUGGGGGACUCGGCAUGAAAGGAGAUACUUCAUUACCUGAUGUCGAUCUAUCCGGUCCACAAAUUGGUGGUGAUGCACACAUUGGAGAAAGAGGGAAUGUACCGGAUGCUUCAGUGGGUAUUGGUGGAGAUGUUAAAGUUCCUGGCAUUGGUGGUGGUUUCAGUGGUGACAGUGAUGUGGCCAUUGAAAGAGGUAUUUCUGGACCUGAUGUUGAUGUAUCUGCUCCAAACUUUGGCGGUAAAGUGAAUGUUCCAGAUGCCUCACUGGAUGUUGAUGAUGUGAAAGCCCCCAGCUUUGGUGGUGGUGUUGGUGGUCACAUUGGACUUGGUGUCAAAGGAGGUAUAUCUGGACCUGAUGUUGAUGUAUCACCCCCAACCAUUGGCGGCAAAGGAAACAUUGGAGGAAAAGUGAAUGUACCAGAUGCUUCACUGGAUGUUGGUGAUGUGAAUGCCCCCAGCUUUGGUGGUGGUGUUGGUGGUGACAUUGGAUUUGCUGCCAAAGGAGGUAUAUCUGGGCCUGAUGUUGAUGUAUCACCCCCAACCAUUGGCGGCAAAGGAGACAUAGGAGGAAAAGGGGAAGUACCAGAUGCUUCACUGGAUGUUGGUGAUGUGAAAGCCCCCAGAUUUGGUGGUGGUGUUGGUGGUGACAUUGGAUUUGGUGCCAAAGGAGGUAUAUCUGGACCUGAUGUUGAUGUUUCACCCCCAAGCUUUGGCGGUAUAGGAAACAUUGGAGGAAAAGGGAAAAUACCAGAUGCUUCACUUAAUGUUGAUGAUGUGAACGCCCCCAGCUUUGGUGGUGGUGUUGGUGGUGAAAGUGGACUUGGUGUCAAUGGAGGUAUAUCUGGACCUGAUCUUAACAUCGGUGAUGACACAAACAUUAGAGGAUUGAAUGUACCAGAUGCCUCUGUGGGCAUUGGAGGUGACGUGAAAGCGCCAAGUUUUGGCGGUGGUAUUGGUGUCAGUGGUAGUGGUCCAAAGGGUGGGAUUUCCAGCCCUGACAUUGAUGUUCCUGCUCCAUCGGGUAGUAUUGAUGUUAGUGCAGAUGUGCCAGAUGCAAAACUUGAUCUCAGCAGCAAAAAGGACAAGGGAGGUUUCCACUUCAGACUUCCAAAGUUCAGAUUUCCGUCAUUUGGGUCGGGUGAUGCCAAAGCAAAAGGCAAUGUUUCUGUGAAAGGACCAGAGGGAAGAUUGAGUGUUAACUCUGACUUUGACGUUGUUGGAGAUGCAGACAUUGAUGUCAAGGCCAAAGGCCCAAAUGUACAAAGUGAUGUUAAAGGACCCUCUGGAAGCAAAUUGGGUUCAGUUGAUGUUGAUGCCCCUGGUAUUGGAGGUGAUUCUGAGGCCAGAGUAAAAUUGCCCAAGGGAUCAGUUGGCAUGUCUGGGUCGCUUGAUGUUGAUUCACCAGAGUAUGAGGGAAAAGGAUCAGGCAAAAAGAAGGGUUUCCAGUUUGGUUUGCCAUCUUUUAACUUUGGAGGAAAGGUGCCAAAAUCUGAUGUUCCAGAUGUGGAUAUCAAUGCCAGUGCAGGUGUUGAUGUGGAGAAACCAGACACAGAUGUUGAUAUUAAAGUUGGAGCACCAGGAGUGGAUGUGGGUUUGCCUAAAGGUGAUAUUAGAGCAGGAAUUGGAGGCUCAUUUGGAGGAGCUUCAGGGUUGGGUGGCAUCAGUCCCCCAGAUGUUGGUGCAGAUGUAAAUGUUCAAAAGGGCAAAAUGUCAAUUGAUGAUCCAGAUCUUGAUGGAACACUUGUAGUUGAUGGAAAUGUCAAAGGACCAGAAGGAGCAUUUGGGUUUAAAGGUGGGAGUAUUGAUUUGAAAGGACCUGACCUGGGAGGCGUACAAAAAUCAGUUGAUGUUGAGGUUGAAACCCCAAAGCCUAGUGCAGGUAUUGAUGUUGAUGUUCCAAGUGGCAAGUUGUCUGCAGGAGGUGACGUGUCUGGUUCUCUUGGUGUUGAUCCACCAGUGGCAGACCUGAGCUUAAAUGGAAAGGCAUCUGGAAAAGGUAAAAAAUUCCAUCUACCAAGUUUUAACCUCCCAAGCUUACCCAAGUGGAAGGGCAAGGGUAAAGCUGAAGUUGACAUUGACGGUCAAGACUUGGAUGCGAAGGUUGGAGCAGGUGGAGACAUUAGUGUGAGCGGUGAUGCAAAUUUGCCAGAUGUUGAUGUGAAUGCUCCUGAGGUAAAAGGGGAUCUUGGAGCAGACGCUAAUCUGUCUCUUGAUAGCAAAGGAAAAGGGUCAAAAAAGAAAACGGGGGGCGGAUUUCAUUUUCCAUCAUUCAAUUUUGGAUUUUCUCCUCCAAAGCACAAGCAUGGGAAAGUGUCAGGAGAUCUUCCAGAGGUUGAUAUAAAAGGUGAUGCAGAUGUUGCAAUUUCAGGUGGAGUUGCUGAAAAAGGACAUGGUGAUGCUAGCUUUGGUGGAGACCUGGACGUUGGAGGAAACUUGAAAGGUCCAAAGCUGUCUGGUCCUGACAUAAAUGUGGAUUUUGGAGGCAGUGGUGGGGGAAAAGUAGAUUUGCCUGAGGGAGAUGCCUCACUUGGCUUCGGCUUAAAAGGAAGAGGAGAUGGGAGCAGCUCUAGUGAUUCAGAAUCUGAUGAUGGCAAGAGAGGCUUUGGCCUGAAAGGUGGUAUCAAAGGCCCAAAAGUGAAAGGAGGUGUUGGCGGUAAACUGAAAGGACCAGAAAUUUCAGGUGAUACAGACGGCCCAGAUGCUGAUGUGAAGGGUGGUGCUGGCAUUGGUAUUGGAGUUUCUGGUGGCAUUGAUCUCCCCAAAGGAGGUGCAGAUGUGGAUGCAAAUCUACCAAAGGGCUCUGUUGAUUAUGAAGGACCAGAUCUUGGUGGGGUUAGCAAAUCCUUGGAUGUUGAUGUAAAAGCCUCAAAACCUGAUGCUGAUGUUUCUAUUGAUCUUCCAAGUGGAAAGCUUUCAGGUGAUGCAGACAUUGGAGUAGAUGCAGAUAUUGAUGCAGACAUUGAUCUUGGAGGCAAACAUAGGGGAUCUGGCAAGAAAAAGGGGAAAUUCCACUUGCCCUCAAUUAACAUGCCCUCCAUACAUUUACCAAAGGGUAAAGGCAAGGGGCAUGGUGAUGUAGACUUGGAUGGAGGACUUCAGAUUGAAGGGGACAUCAAAGGUCCAAAGGUGUCUGGUCCUGACAUGGAUGUGGAUGUCAGUGGGGGAGCAGGAGGAAAAGUGGAGCUGCCUGAAGGAGGUGGCUCGAUUUCUGUUGAAGGACCAAAGAUUGGAGGUGGUGUAGGUGUUGAUGAUGAUGGUAAAGCAUCUAAACCAGACAUUGGCCUGUCAGGUAAAGUUCCAGGUGCGUCUAUUGGAGGAAGUGUUGAUGGCCCUGAUAUAGAUGUCAAUUUGUCAGGCGGUGGCAAGAAGAAAAAACCGAAAAAGAAAACAGGUGGGGGGUUUCACAUGCCGUCAUUUGGCUUUGGCUUUAAAGGAAAGGGAGAUGACACCAGCAGCUCAAGUGAUUCUGAAUCAGAUGAUGGCAAGGCAGGCUUUGGCCUGAAAGGUGGUAUCAAAGGCCCAAAAGUGAAAGGAGAUGUUGGUGGAAAAUUGAAAGGACCAGGAAUAUCAGGUGACAUAGACGGCCCAGAUGCUGAUGUGAAGGGUGGUGCUGGCAUUGGUGUUGGAGUUUCUGGUGGCACUGACCUCCCCAAAGGAGGUGCAGAUGUGGAUGUAAAUCUACCAAAGGGCUCACUUGGUUUUGAAGGACCAGACCUUGGUGGGGUUAGCAAAUCCUUGGAUGUUGAUGUUAAAGCCUCAAAACCUGAUGCUGAUGUUUCUGUAAAUCUUCCAAGUGGAAAGCUUUCAGGCGAUGCAGACAUUGGAAUAGAUGCAAAUAUUGAUGCAGACAUUGAUCUGGGAGGCAAACAUAGGGGAUCUGGCAAGAAAAAGGGGAAAUUCCACAUGCCCUCCAUUAACAUGCCCUCCAUACACUUUCCAAAGGGUAAGGGCAAGGGGCAUGGCGAUGUUGACUUGGAUGGAGGCCUUCAGAUUGAAGGGGACAUCAAAGGUCCAAAGGUGUCUGGUCCUGACAUGGAUGUGGAUGUCAGUGGGGGAGCAGGAGGAAAAGUGGAGCUGCCCGAAGGAGAUGGCUCAAUUUCUGUUGAAGGGCCAAAGAUUGGAGGUGGUGUAGGUGUUGAUGAUGUUAAAGCAUCUAAACCAGACAUUGGCCUGUCGGGUGAAGUUCCAGGUGCGUCUAUUGGAGGAAGUGUUGAUGGCCCUGAUAUAGAUGUCAAUUUGUCAAGUGGGGGCAAGAAGAAAAAAACAAAAAAGAAAGGAGGUGGAGGAUUUCACAUGCCAUCAUUUGGCUUCGGCUUUAAAGGAAAGGGAGAUGGAACCAGCAGCUCUAGUGAUUCAGAAUCUGAUGAUGGCAAGAGAGGCUUUGGCAUGAAAGGUGGUAUCAAAGGCCCAAAAGUGAAAGGAGGUGUUGGCGGUAAACUGAAAGGACCAGAAAUAUCAGGUGACAUAGACGGCCCAGAUGUUGAUGUGAAGGGUGGUGCUGGCAUUGGUAUUGGAGUUUCUGGUGGCAUUGAUCUCACCAAAGGAGGUGCAGAUGUGGAUGCAAAUCUACCAAAGGGCUCUGUUGAUUAUGAAGUACCAGAUCUUGGUGGGGUUAGCAAAUCCUUGGAUGUUGAUGUUAAAGCCUCAAAACCUGAUGCUGAUGUUUCUAUUGAUCUUCCAAGUGGAAAGCUUUCAGGCGAUGCAGACAUUGGAAUAGAUGCAGAUAUUGAUGCAGACAUUGAUCUGGGAGGCAAACAUAGGGGAUCUGGCAAGAAAAAGGGGAAAUUCCAUAUGCCCUCAAUUAACAUGCCUUCCUUACACUUUCCAAAGGGUAAAGGCAAAGGGCAUGGUGAUGUUGACUUGGAUGGAGGACUUCAAAUUGAAGGGGACAUGAAAGGUCCAAAAGUGUCUGGUCCUGACAUAGAUGUGGAUGUUAGUGGGGGUGGUAGAGGAAAAGUGGAGCUUCCUGAAGGCGAUGGCUCAAUUUCUGUUGAAGGCCCAAAGAUUGGAGGUGGUGUAGAAGUUGAUGCUGAUGGUAAAGCAUUUAAACCAGACAUUGAUUUGUCAGGUAAAGGUCCAAGUGCAUCGAUUGGAGGAAGUGUUGAUGGGGGCAAGAAGAAAAAACCAAAAAAGAAAGCAGGUGGAGGAUUUCACAUGCCGUCAUUUGGCUUUGGCUUUAAAGGAAAGGGAGAUGGAACCAGCAGCUCAAGUGAUUCUGAAUCAGAUGAUGGCAAGGCAGGCUUUGGCUUGAAAGGUGGUAUCAAAGGCCCGAAAGUGAAAGGAGGUGUUGGUGGAAAAUUGAAAGGACCAGAAAUGUCAGGUGAUAUAGAAGGCCCAGAUGCUGAUGUGAAGGGUGGUGCUGACAUAGGUAUUGGAGUCUCUGGUGGCAUUGAUCUCCCCAAAGGAGAUGCAGAUCUGGAUAUGAAGCUACCAAAGGGCUCAAUCGGUAUUGAAGGACCAAAUCUUGGUGGGGUUAGCAAAUCCUUGGAUGUUGAUGUCAAAGCCUCAAAACCUGAUGCUGAUGUUUCUGUUGAUCUUCCAAGUGGAAAGCUUUCAGGCGAUGCCGACAUUGGUGUAGAUGCAGAUAUUAAUGCUGACAUUGGUCUGGGAGGCCAACACAGGGGAUCAGGCAAGAAAAGGGGGAAAUUUCACAUGCCCUCAAUUAACAUGCCCUCCAUACACUUUCCAAAGGGCAAGGGCAAGGGGCAUGGCGAUCUUGACUUGGAUGGAGGACUUCAAAUUGAAGGGGACAUCAAAGGUCCAAAGGUAUCUGGUCCUGACGUGGAUGUGGAUGUCAGUGGGGGAGCAGGAGGAAAAGUGGAGCUGCCUGAAGGAGGUGGCUCAAUUUCUGUUGAAGGACCAAAGAUUGGAGGUGGUGUAGAUGUUGAUGUUGAUGGUACAGCAUCUAAACCAGACAUUGACAUGACAGGUAAAGGUCCACAUGCAUCUGUUGGAGGAAGUGUUGAUGGCCCUGAUAUAGAUGUCAAUUUGUCAGGCGGGGGAAAGAAGAAAAAAACAAAAAAGAAAACAGGUGGGGGAUUUCACAUGCCGUCAUUUGGCUUUGGCUUUAAAGGAAAGGGAGAUGACACCAGCAGCUCAAGUGAUUCUGAAUCAGAUGAUGGCAAGGCAGGCUUUGGCAUGAAAGGUGGUAUCAAAGGCCCAAAAGUGAAAGGAGGUGUUGGUGGAAAAUUGAAAGGACCAGAAAUGUCAGGUGACAUAGAAGGCCCAGAUGCUGAUGUGAAGGGUGGUGCUGGCAUUGGUAUUGGAGUUUCUGGUGGCAUUGAUCUCCCCAAAGGAGGUGCAGAUGUGGAUAUGAAGCUACCGAAGGGCUCAAUUGGUAUUGAAGGACCAGAUCUUGGUGGGGUUAGCAAAUCCUUGGAUGUUGAUGUUAAAGCCUCAAAACCUGAUGCUGAUGUUUCUAUUGAUCUUCCAAGUGGAAAGCUUUCAGGCGAUGCAGACAUUGGAAUAGAUGCAGAUAUUGAUGCAAACACUGAUCUUGGAGGCAAACAUAGGGGAUCUGGCAAGAAAAAGGGGAAAUUCCACAUGCCCUCAAUUAACAUGCCUUCAUUACACUUACCAAAGGGUAAAGGCAAGGGGCAUGGUGAUGUUGACUUGGAUGGAGGACUUCAUAUUGAAGGGGACAUGAAAGGUCCAAAAGUGUCUGGUCCUGACAUAGAUGUGGAUGUUAGUGGGGAUGGUAGAGGAAAAGUGGAGCUGCCUGAAGGCGAUGGUUCAUUUUCUGUUGAAGGACCAAUGAUUGGAGGUGGUGUAGGUGUUGAUGUUGAUGGUACAGCAUCUAAACCAGACAUUGACAUGACAGGUAAAGGUCCACAUGCAUCUAUUGGAGGAAGUGUUGAUGGCCCUGAUAUAGAUGUCAAUUUGUCAGGCGGUGGCAAGAAGAAAAAACAAAAAAAGAAAACAGGUGGGGGAUUUCAUAUGCCGUCAUUUGGCUUUGGCUUUAAAGGAAAGGGAGAUGACACCAGCAGCUCAAGUGAUUCUGAAUCAGAUGAUGGCAAGGCAGGCUUUGGCCUGAAAGGUGGUAUCAAAGGCCCAAAAGUGAAAGGAGGUGUUGGUGGAAAAUUGAAAGGACCAGAAAUAUCAGGUGACAUAGACGGCCCAGAUGCUGAUGUGAAGGGUGGUGCUGGCAUUGGUGUUGGAGUUUCUGGUGGCACUGACCUCCCCAAAGGAGGUGCAGAUGUGGAUGUAAAUCUACCAAAGGGCUCAAUUGGUUUUGAAGGACCAGACCUUGGUGGGGUUGGCAAAUCCUUGGAUGUUGAUGUUAAAGCCUCAAAACCUGACGCUGAUGUUUCUGUUGAUCUUCCAAGUGGAAAGCUUUCAGGCGAUGCAGACAUUGGAAUAGAUGCAGAUAUUGAUGCAGACAUUGAUCUGGGAGGCAAACAUAGGGGAUCUGGCAAGAAAAAGGGGAAAUUCCACAUGCCCUCACUUAAUAUGCCCUCCAUACACUUUCCAAAGGGUAAAGGCAAGGGGCAUGGUGAUGUUGACUUGGAUGGAGGACUUCAAAUUGAAGGGGACAUGGAAGGUCCAAAAGUGUCUGGUCCUGACAUAGAUGUGGAUGUCAGUGGGGGAGCAGGAGGAAAGGUGGAGCUGCCUGAAGGAGAUGGCUCAAUUUCUGUUGAAGGGCCAAAGAUUGGAGGUGGUGUUGGUGUCGAGGUUGAUGGUAAAGCAUCUAAACCAGACAUGGACCUGUCAGGUAAAGGUCCAGAUGCAUCUUUUGGAGGAAGUGUUGAUGCCCCUGACGUGGAUGUCAAUUUGUCUGUUGGGGGCAAGAAAAAAAGUCCAAAAAAGAAAGCAGGUGGAGGAUUUCACUUGCCCUCAUUUGGCUUUGGCUUUAAAGGAAAGGGAGAUGGAACCAGCAGCUCAAGCGAUUCUGAAUCAGAUGAUGGCAAGGCAGGCUUUGGCCUGAAAGGUGGUAUCAAAGGCCCAAAAGUGAAAGGAGGUGUUGGUGCAAAACUGAAAGGACCAGAUAUAUCAGGUGACAUUGACGGCCCAGAUGCUGAUGUGAAGGUUGGUGCUGACAUAGGUAUUGGAGUCUCUGGUGGCAUUGAUCUCCCCAAAGGAGAUGCAGAUGUGGAUAUGAAGCUACCGAAGGGCUCAAUUGGUAUUGAAGGACCAGAUCUUGGAGGAGUGACAAAGGCUUUAGAUGUUGAUGUUAAGGCUUCGAAACCUGAAGGUAAUGUUUCAGUUGAUCUGCCGAGUGGUAAAAUGUUUGUCGAUAGCCCUGAUGCAUCUGUUGAUACUGAAAUUGAUGGUGCAAUUGGAUUUGACGGAAAGGGUAAAGGAUCCGGAAAAAAGAAAAGGGGGUUUCACAUGCCAUCGUUUGGAUUACCAAAGAUGAAAGGAGGCAAAGGAGACUAUGACCUUAGUCACAGCGGGGACAUCGAUGUUGGUGCAGAAGGAAAAUUCAAGCCGACGGGUGGUAGUGCUGACUUGUCUCUCAAUGGGGAUUUUGAGCUAGCAAAACCAGAAGCUGGCAUUUCGGUAGAUCAACCAAGUGGACCAAAAGUCCAGACAGACUUUGAUGCCACAGCUGACGCUAAACUGCACAGAGGAGAUAAAAAGAGAGGUUCUGGGAAAAGGGGCAGCUUUGGCCUGCCAUCUAUACACUUUGGCAAGUCAAAGCAUAAAGCUUCGGGAGAUGUUGAUGUAAACAUUGAUGUAUCACCCCCAAAGGCAUCUGGAAGUAUAAACGUCAAGGGUAAAGGCAGCCCAAAGAAAAAGAAGGGCAAAUUUGGAUUAGGUUUAGGCGGUAAAAAGGAAGAAAUGGAUGUGAGUGCAGGUAGUGAUAUUGUUACUCCCAAAGUUGACAUUGAAGCAAAGGCUGCAAAACCAAGUGGAGAUAUUAGUGGUGGUCACCUUGCAGGAGUUGGAGACUUCACAGUUGACCUGGAUGUUGCAGCUCCCAAACUUGAUGGGUCAUUCUCUGGCGGUGGAGGCAUUGGUGGAGAUAUUAAUGGAGAUGGAAAAAUUGAUGCAGAUGUUACAGCACCACAACCAGAUGCUUCCCUUUCUGUAGGUGGAGGAAUAGACCUAAGUGCUGGAAGUGGUGAAAUGGGAGAAGUUCCAGAUGUUGGUUUGAAUCUUGGCAAAAAGGGAAAACCUAAAAAGCCAAAAGGAAAAAAAAAGGGAGGCUUUGGUUUUGGAUUUCGAGGUAAAAAGGAUGGGAAAUCAAGCAGCAGUUCCAGUUCUUCAGAAUCAGACCAUGAAGGGAAAGGGGGGUUCAAAGUCAAAUUGCCCAGUUUUGGAUUUUCAGGCAAGGCUAAAAGACCUGGAUCUGCAGAGGGAGGAAUUGACAUCAGUGGUGAUGUUGAUGUGUCGGCACCUAAAUCAGAUGGUUCGCUGUCAGUAGGUGGAGGAGGAAUUGGUGCUGGUGUUGGAGCCCUAGAUAGAAUUGGAGAUGGAAAAGUUGAUGUUGAUGUCUCAGCACCUAAACCAGAUGGCUCACUGUCAGCAGGUGGAUUUGGUGGGGGAUUCGGAGGCCUUGGUGGAAUUGGAGAUGGAAAAGUUGAUGUUGAUGUCUCAGCACCAAAACCAGAUGGCUCACUGUCAGCAGGUGGAGGAAUUGGUGGGGGAUUUGGAGGCCUUGGUGGAAUUGGAGAUGGAAAAGUUGAUGUUGAUGUCUCAGCACCUAAACCAGAUGGCUCACUGUCAGCAGGUGGAGGAAUUGGUGGGGGAUUUGGAGGCCUUGGUGGAAUUGGAGAUGGAAAAGUUGAUGUUGAUGUCUCAGCACCUAAACCAGAUGGCUCACUGUCAGCAGGUGGAGGAAUCGGUGGGGGAUUUGGAGGCCUUGGUGGAAUUGGAGAUGGAAAAGUUGAUGUUGAUGUCUCAGCACCUAAACCAGAUGGCUCACUGUCAGCAGGUGGUGGAAUUGGUGGGGGAUUUGGAGGCCUUGGUGGAAUUGGAGAUGGAAAAGUUGAUGUUGAUGUCUCAGCUCCUAAACCAGAUGGCUCACUGUCAAUAGGUGGAGGAAUUGGUGGGGGAUUUGGAGGUCUUGGUGGAAUUGGAGAUGGAAAAGUUGAUGUUGAUGUCUCAGCUCCUAAACCAGAUGGCUCACUGUCAAUAGGUGGAGGAAUUGGUGGGGGAUUUGGAGGCCUUGGUGGAAUUGGAGAUGGAAAAGUUGAUGUUGAUGUCUCAGCACCUAAACCAGAUGGCUCACUGUCAGCAGGUGGAGGAUUUGGUGGGGGAUUUGGAGGCCUUGGUGGAAUUGGAGAUGGAAAAGUUGAUGUUGAUGUCUCAGCACCUAAACCAGAUGGUUCACUGCCAGCAGGUGGAGGAAUCGGUGGGGGAUUUGGAGGCCUUGGUGGAAUUGGAGAUGGAAAAGUUGAUGUUGAUGUCUCAGCUCCUAAACCAGAUGGCUCACUGUCAAUAGGUGGAGGAAUUGAUGGGGGAUUUGGAGGCCUUGGUGGAAUUGGAGAUGGAAAAGUUGAUGUUGAUGUCUCAGCACCUAAACCAGAUGGCUCACUGUCAGCAGGUGGAGGAUUUGGUGGAGGAUUUGGAGGCCUUGGUGGAAUUGGAGAUGGAAAAGUUGAUGUUGAUGUCUCAGCACCUAAACCAGAUGGUUCACUGUCAGCAGGUGGAGGAAUUGGUGGGGGAUUUGGAGGCCUUGGUGGAAUUGGAGAUGGAAAAGUUGAUGUUGAUGUCUCAGCACCUAAACCAGAUGGCUCACUGUCAGCAGGUGGAGGAAUCGGUGGGGGAUUUGGAGGCCUUGGUGGAAUUGGAGAUGGAAAAGUUGAUGUUGAUGUCUCAGCACCUAAACCAGAUGGUUCACUGUCAAUAGGUGGAGGAAUUGGUGGGGGAUUGGGAGGCCUUGGUGGAAUUGGAGAUGGAAAAGUUGAUGUUGAUGUCUCGGCACCUAAACCAGAUGGUUCACUGUCAAUAGGUGGAGGAAUUGGUGGGGGAUUUGGAGGUCUUGGUGGAAUUGGAGAUACAAAAGUUGAUGUUACAGCACCCAACCCAGAAGGUUCUCUCUCUGUUAGUGGUCCUGAUGUAAGUGGAGAUGGCAUUAGUGGCAAUUUUGGUGGAGGCAUUGGUGAUGGUGCAGGUGGUAGCUUUGGGGGUGGAGAUAUUGACAUUGAAACUAAAGCACCAAAACCAGAUGGCUCAUUUUCUGUAGGUGGAGGUCUGGCCUUGGCUGGUGAGGGAUUUGGUAAAGAUUUUGGAGGUGACCUAGAUAUGGUUACACCUAAGGUUGAUGACAGUGUAAAAGCAGUCAAACCAAAAGCCAACGCAUCAGCUGGAGGUUUUGUUGGCAGAGGCCUUGGAGGUGGUAUUGCUGGAGGCUUUGAUGGCAUCGGAGAUGGAAAAAUUGAUGUGGAUACUGCAAUACCCAAACCAGAUACCUCAUUCUCUGCAGGUGGAGGGAUUGAUGUAGGCCUUGGCUUUAGUGGAGACCACAAGGGAGAUAUUGGUGGAAUCGGAAAUGGAAAAUUUGAUGUCAGUGGGGAGUUUGGCAGCGAUGAUAUUAAGCCUGAAGUUGACAUGAAUGUCAAAGCAGCUAAACCAGAGGGUUCAUUAAGUGGAGAGAUCGGUGGCAUUUUGACUGGUGGCCCUGAUAUUGGCAGUGGUCUCGGAGCAGAUAUUGAUGUUGGUACAACAAAACCCGACAUGUCAAUGGGCGGCCUGGAUGGAAUUGGAAUGGGAGGCACAGCUGGCGAUAUUAGUGGUGAUGUUGGUGUUGGCUUAUCUGGUGGAGCCAAAUUGGGCCUACCUGAAGUAACAGGUUCUGCUAGUACUAAAACUGAUGGUAAAAAGCGGAAGAAAAGAGGAAAAGGAAAGAAGAAAAAGGAUCAUGAGGGAUCAUCAGUCGAUGGUGCUGUUUCAGUAGAUGUACCAAGUGCAGACAUCGGAGUAGUGGGCGGGGAUGGUGGAGAAGUUGACGUUGACAAAGCUGCUUCUGGAGGACUUUCUGUUAAACUGCCAGAAAUGUCGGGCUCAUUAGCAGGCAAAGCUGACGUUGAUGUUAAAACAGAAUCAAAGGCUCGUCCAAAGAAGAAAAAGAAGGAAAAGAAAGGAUUCUUUGGGUCAAUAGGCCUGUCCAGAGAUUCUACUUCUAGCUCCAGCUCUAGCUCCAGUUCAUCUUCUGACUCUGAUGAAGGUAUUGGCUCCAGAAUAAUGUCAACAUUUGGAUUUGGCAAAAAAGACUCCAGUGACUCUGAUAACCCCAAUUCAAAUAACAACAACAAUACGCAGACUGAUGGUACACAAACAAUUGAAACAAGACACGACGACAUGGAACUCAAUGUGAACAAUAAUGCAAAUGGAGAUGAUGCUGAUGAUUCAGCUGCAUAUGCCAAAGAACAUUCCCACUCCAAAGGAAAGAAGUCUUUGGGGAAGUUUUUCAGCCGCAAAGGUCGACAAACCAUUGUUCAAAUACCAGACGAAGACACUGCUGAUGAAGUAGGACUCCAUGGAGUAGACAGUUUGCACUCCAGUAGAUCUGAUGGAACACAAGUAGCAUAGAUUCACACGAUAACCCUAUGCAGCUUUUAAAGGUUCGAAAGGGGAUGUUACCGAUGCAGACACAACUGCCACCUAUGGGUAUGCAAGUACAAGGUAGUGUGACACAGUACCCCACCACAAGCCACUUGCCGACAAUGACCACAGCCGGGGGAUCCUUUGGCAGUACCUUAGGUAUGCCUGAGCAGAAACACAGCGAGUAGUGAUGCCUUAGUACCACCAAUGUCAUCAGCAAAAAAGUGAGUGCGGUUGCCUGCAAAUAUACUUUGAUCCCAAUUUAACAAAUACCCACAUGUACUAAACUCUUUUGCGCAUGAUCCCAUCCUUCAAAACGCACGUGCACUUCCCUACUUUAUUUGUUUGGUUUUGUAGUUCAGUUUUGAAAAGGAACUUCUUCACUGCUAUGUCAACUUGUUUGAUUCGUAAAAUUAUGAAAAAGUAAUUUUGCUUUGUACAUUCGCCAGGUAGAAACUAUGGCUGUUGUAGCAAACAUUAGUGAGUUUAAAUAGGUGUUAAUAAUGGUAAUUAAAACUUAUAACUUCUAGUUAUCUAUUACUUGUUCAUGGUUUAAUAAUAAAAAUGCAUCUCCAGUUUCCAUGUUCAGGUAUCUAUUACAGUAAUCUUUGUAAAACAAGUAAUAUUCCCAUAACCCACCAACACAUCACUUAAAAAGCUAAAAUUGCGCACCAUAUCAGGCUUGUGAUGGCAGUUAAUAUUUUUUCUACAAGACAUCCUUAUGAAAACAUUUUCUGAAUGUCACGUUUUGUUAUGUGUUCAUAUUUAAUCAGAUAAUUUAUGAUUUCUAAAUAUUAGGUAAUUGUAAUGCUAGUUAUUGUUAAUGUAAUUGUGACCUUUUUUUGUGCGUUACCUUCAAUUCUUUGUCUUUGGAAAGGAUCUUGAUAUUGUUGAAAAAAAAUGUAUUUUGAAUUGAAGAAUUUGUUAACAUUUUAAUAAGAAAUUCACAAUGUAAAAGCUGUAAUUUACUCUUUGGGUUUUUUUCGGUGUGAUAAACCCCAGGCAGAGAUCACCACUAUAGCUGCUUUAUGAAUCAAGGGACACUUGAGGCUUUUCGAUUUGUGUGCUGAAAUGCUUGCGAUAUCUAUUGUUCAUUCAACUUGCACAGCUGGAUAAAGUACUUUGUCCAAGAUAUAAAGCCAAAUUGAGAAAUCAGAAAUGGUGGAAAAUAAUGUGGGAUAUCAGCAUAUGGUAGUGUUUGAAAAAGUUAUAGAAGGGAAACUUGCCUAAGUAAUUCAUGACCAGUUGUCUGUUUGGCUUCAGCUCAAGGUUCAUUGUUGAAUCACAUGGUGUACCGUAAAUCAUUUUUAACAAUCUAAAAGGCUGUUAUUGAAAAAACUUCCAUGGCAAUGUGUGUUUCUUUUCUGAUGACAAUCUAUCACUGUUGCACCUAAUAGUUUGGUAACUUUCAACUAAGAGGUGAAGUUAAAACCUUUGUUGGCUAACUGAAUGGAUAUAUUUUGGUACAAUUCUUGUGAGAAAUUGCUAUCAAGGCAUGUUUCAUUAUUCAUAUAAUUAUGUAUCUUGAAAAGAAUUUCUUGUGUACAUCAUGCUAACCUAUAACUUCAUUACGCUGCAAAAUGUUCAGCCUUUAUGAAUUAAAAAAUGUUACAUGUACCUCAAUAUAAAAAAAUUCAACUAAAAUGCUUGGUGUUGGUUUCCUAUGAGAAUUUUAUACUUUAUUGCAAUUUUGACAACAAAUUAACUUUAAUUUUGAAUUUGAACUCAAAUGAAACUGCAACCAGGAACAGCUAUUUCAUUUUAAAGAUUUGGAAGCUAACUAUAUUUUGAUUUUCAGCUUAAAAUGUAUCACAAAAUUGACUUGUUAACAAGAGAACGAUUUGUAAGGAAUUACAUAUAAGGACACUUUCAGGUGCAAAGCAGAUAACCCAUGCCUUGUAAAUAAUGAAAUUUGUUCAAAACCAAAUAAUUGAACAAACUUGUAUGUAUGUAGUGUUUGUCAAGUUGGUGAAAUGUACAGGUUCAAAUUUUGAAUGCGCUGGCUGACUCAUUAGUACUAAACCCUUUGUAUAUUCAUAAUUUUUUUAUACAUUGCUACCUUUUACCAGUAGUGUCUAUGUACGGUAUAAAUAUCUAUCCACUGUCUUGUAACCUUAUUAUACCUGCCACUUACAAAAUUGCAAUAUUGUGUAUCGUAAAAUUCCUUCCAUGUUUAACAUUUAUAUAACUAAGUUGGUAGGAUAUCAGUAACCUGUCGUAGUCUUAAGGUGUAGAUCUAGCUUUCAAAACUAUAUUUUCACAUUAAUAUUGGAACGUAGAGUGAGCUGCGUAAUGACUGUUACAGGUCAUCUAACCACUUGUAAAUGGCUCCCUGUGAUGAUCAUGCAUAGAUGACAGUGUCCUAGAAAAUAUGUUGAAGUAAUCACUUAAGAGUUUUUGUGUAAUUGUAUUUAGACAUUUAUCGUAUUGAGUAGAGUUAACGUUUUGUUACAUUUUCACUAAAAACACUAAUAAGGUAAUUUACAGGGCCUAUAUAGAUUUAUAUGAAAUGCACAAAAAUCUGAAAAGAUUAGCAAAUAGGAUUCCACCUUCUGUGCCUUAACAGCAAAAGUAAGGAAUUUCGGAGAAUGAUUUUUUAAUAAUUAUAAGCCGGUGGUUAGUAUUGCAACACUGUAAUUUAUAUCUUUAAAAAUGAUCGCUUGAAAAUUGUAGAUCUGCUAGUGAUGGGAGUAACAUCUUUUGAAAGGCCCCCACCCUAAGCAAAACCUGACAUUAACAGUGUCUACAAUUGCAGCUAUGAAACCAAUCUUUCUGACAAUUGCACCUUUAUUGUGUCAGUUUCAAUACUAACCACUCAGUGAGCAUUGCGUUCAAGCAGUACAAAAUGCCUGAUGCUUGUAUAUCUGUGCUUCCAGAUUAAAAAGUAAAGCUUUUCACAGUGCCUUGUAUAUAAAACAAAAAACUGUUUAUUUUUGGUGUAGACAUUGGUUUAGUCAUUAUGUCUUGCACUGGAUGAAUGGAUUUGAUAAUUAUUUUUCUUUAAACGUUUGUGGGUUCUUUGCAAAUAAAACAUAACAUGAAAUGAAA